AUGUUGAAGUUCGUGAUCGUGUUGUCGGCGUUUGUCUGCGUACUGGGUGCGCCUCAGCCUGAGGGUCUUCUGCCGCAGUUAGAUGGACGUAUUGUUGGCGGUGCUGCCACCACGAUCAGCUCCGUUCCAUGGCAAAUAUCAUUGCAGCGUUCGGGCUCACAUUCAUGCGGUGGUUCAAUUUACAGCUCUACCAUUAUUAUAACCGCGGCUCACUGCUUACAAGGUGUUUCCACUUCUAUAUUGAAGAUACGCGCUGGUUCAUCAUACUGGAACUCCGGCGGUGUACUACUGCAGGUCUCGGCAUACAGCAAUCAUGAAGGUUACAGUUCUAGCACCAUGCAGAACGAUAUUGCCGUUAUCCGUUUGGCAAGUUCACUUUCGUUUAGCUCUACCAUCAAAGCAAUUGGUUUGGCUGAUACUGCGCCUGCCGAUGGCGCCGCCGCUGCUGUGUCCGGCUGGGGCACUACCGUAUCUGGCUCUGCGGCGCUACCGACGCAAUUGCGGUACGUUAAUGUAAGUGUGGUCAGUUUAGCCAAUUGUUCCUCGAGUUCGUAUGGCUAUGGUAAUGCGGUAACAGAAACUAUGAUCUGUGCUUAUACCGCCGGCAAAGACUCUUGCCAAGGUGAUUCUGGUGGGCCAAUGGUGUCUGGUGGAGUGCUGGUAGGAGUUGUAUCCUGGGGUUACGGUUGUGCAUACGCCAACUAUCCGGGUGUGUACUCAGACGUGGCGGCACUGCGUUCGUGGGUGGUGAGCGCUGCUGAUUCGGUAUAAGUGACAUAA